AUGUGCACAUCAUCAACAGAUGCAAUGGACAAGCUACAGUCUGGGCACAACUUCAUGAGACAGAAUGGGAACUGGAAAGACCGGAGCGACAAACCAACUGACUUCUCAGUUUGGUAUGGAUGCGGAGGCCAUGUUUAUAAUGUGUCUUAUAGGGGGAAGAGACCAGAUUGGACGGACAUGCAUAGUACUUCACAGUGGGCUGUCUUCUCGAGAGACUUCAUUGAGCUUGUUGUCAGUCCGGACAGAGGAAUCUUCAUGAACAACCUUCAUUUCUUUGCCAGUACUUGCAUCAUCCCUGAUGAAUCCUACCUGGCUUCCAUGCUCAAGAUAUCGCCUUUCAGAAACACCUAUAUCCAUGGCAACCUCCAUCAUCUGAAGCAGUUUGCGAGGAAGGAUGACAGAGGAUUUUGCAGGCACACCGAAGACAUUGACUUCUGUGGGCAGGGACCAGGUAUAUUUGAGCCAAAGGACACCGAGAUCUUGUCGAAUAUCGCCAACCAGCUCUUCUUCGCUCGCAAGUUUGACAGUGACCCUGAGAAUCCUGUGAGGCUGUACGCCCUCAGUCAGGUGUCCGGGCAGUACUAUGAGUUCCUGAGGAAGAACUUUAUCUCAGAAGAAAUGCUGAGACAACUGAUCAAGCUUGCUCUCCAGACUGAGUACGGUGAUGAGUGGGAAGAAGAAGUCCAGGUGAUGGAGGUGUUAAAGCUCCGAGCAUUGCCCAUGCUCUUACCUAUAGAUCCAUGCUGUAUGCCUAUCUACCACACCAAGCACCAGAUGUUCAAGGAUACCAGAUACUGGAUUGAUUUCCUUGUGUCUGAAACCUCUACAGGAGAACAGAGAGCCCUUCGGACAUCAUUUAUACCACAGAGUAGACACCAGUGUUUUUCAAGGGGUCAAAUGAAAGGUCUAUACCUGACCACCAAACAUGCCAAAGACAAAAAAACUCAGGUCCAGCCAAGUUCCCCUAUCCCUACUGAGGCUGCAGGCGGGUCGACCCUCUAUCUAGCGUCAUAUAUCAACCUGAGUGAUGACAUGUUACCAGCUCCAGAGUGUAACGAGGUCGACAAUCUACCUGAUGAUAGCUACGACGGUAGAUCCCCAGACAGCUUCUCCUUCACCACCUUUGGUAACGAGAAGACAGCUGAGAACCACGCUGUCCACUUCAACGCAAGUCUUAUCAACCCUGAGGGAGAGGUCAGAUGCUUCAUAGAUGUCAUCAUCACCUUCAAGAAGGCACAUCCAUCCGUCCAGAAGUCUGAUACCGUCCGUUUCAUCAACACCCUGAUGUGUGGUAACAUGGAGCCAGGAUUGUGGACCUUGGUCCUCUUUGAGCGAGGGGUCCGGGAACCGUUCCCCUACACCAUACAAAUCUUCCUUGUUCCAGACAGGCCUAAAGGAUGGCUCGACUUCUCAAAUCAUGAGGAUGAAUUGCACAAUCUAUGGGCUGUUGAAAUGAUAAGAGAACUAGGAGAGGAAGAGUAUCCGUUCCUAGCCCACAAGCUCUCCAACCAACCCCGACAACCAUGGCAACAGCGGGAGGAAGAGCAAGCCAACCGUGCCAUGGAGGAGGUUGAAGAUGGAGAUGGAGAGGGGGAUGAGGAUGGGAACUACGGCGAUGCGGGCAUCAGGAAUGGAGGAAGGGGUGAUCCUGGCGGUGGAGAGGACAAACAGAGCUUCCAUGAAGAGGACGAAGAGGAGGCGGAGGGAGAGGAUAGCAGCAAUGGUGGGCGGAAGGAGCGCAUCAACGGCCACCUUCGGGUGGACCCCAAUCGGCUGAAACUGGAGGCCCACCGGAAGCUCCCGAUCCUGAGGGACGAGGAGACAGGCAGGAAUCAGGGGAUCCAGAACAUGGAUCGCCUCAAGAGAGAGGAGACGGGGAGGGAGUUCAGGGAUACCCUGAGGCUUAGCGGCAACAGGAGAGAGGAUGGGGGCUUCCGUAAGGUCAAAGGCCAUAACGAUGGAAGUCUUAACGCAGCUCAGAUGAGGGAUGAAAGCUUACCAACAUGGCUGAAAAAUCAGUCAUUUGCCCUCACUUUCAUGGAGUUUGUCUUCAUCUCUGUAAUUGUCUUCAUACUUGUUAAAGGGGUUCUGGUCCCUCUCCGUAUCGUCAAACGGAAGAGCCACGGAGUCAAGUCUUUUGCUACAUUCCUUGUUGUCGUCACCUUCAUACAGUUCCUGGUCUAUUCAAUGUUUGUACUAUCAGCCAGCAGCUAGCCCAGGCCUAACCCUCCAUAGGACCAGAUCACCCUUACCCUCAUUAGAAACUGGACUGAAUUGAUUCAGUCUUUGAACGCUAACCUAUGUGGUGGUGCUGUUAUAUUUUUUUCCUUCAAAGAAGCUCUAACAACCACCGAAGAAUUCUUAACCAUGCGUGUGCUUAAUCUUUUUCUCGGAGUGGACUUGUUUACCUGUACUACAAUACAAGCAUGGAAACUCCAAAAGGAAUCUUGAAUGCAUUAUAUAUUUAAUCGUUGUUGUAUGUUUCGUGGAACCGAAGGAAGCAAAGAAUGUCUCCAGGCUUUCGUAGGACAGUAUCGGUGCUCAGCAGGUACAUGUUGCCCCACACAUUGCACUUCCGAUGAUUGGACAGUAUUUUUGACAGCGAUGCCAGAAUGUCACAACACUACAACACUCUUUGUAGAUGAGAGAUAGAAAUGAGUAACCAAGUGACAUAGUAACUCCACUGUAGAGUAGAAUUAAAUAGUUUUAUUUUGUUAUGAAAACUUUACAGCAAUUUCAUGCUUUAAGUCACAAGUGAAUACAGUUGACUCUGACCGUCCUUCAUCCAAGCAUGUAUGAAAGGUCCAUAAUUGCUCUCAGAAACAUUUGAUCAAUUCAGAUGGAUCUGAAGUAUGCAAAGUUAACGAUGCAAUAAUUCUUUAUCACACUGAUUGGUCUAGAUUCUAGAUGAAGAAUUGUAGUAUCCCCCGCUUUCCAUGAUUGAAGAUCAUUUCAACCACUACCGUUCUUUUUUUAGAUGGGGUCCAGAUGAGUCUUUUUGCACCCAAACGAUGCUAUUGCCACAAUUGUGCUUUUAAAAGUUAUACUAAAGGUUAUAUACCUCAAUAAGCCUGUAAUAUCCAGAUGUUAAACGGGCAAUUACAUAAAAUAUGUACGUCCGACCCCCUAUACGUGGGACCUUCAUGAAAUUUCUUGUUCUUUUGACAGUCUUUAAUGUUCUCAGAGGACCAUGACUUCGUCAGUUUAUAAAGUGAAGUGAGACUUGAGAACAAUGGGGGUCGGUGUACAAAAAAUUUGAUAAUUUUAUGGAAUCGUCCAAUAGGUAAGGAAGUAUUGGUUACACUAUUCAUUCCCAAAAUGAUAAUAUCGAGAGUGGAUAUAGGGAAUAUAUAAUGAAUGAUAUAUAAUAUUGUCUAACAGAUCGAUAAGUAUAGAGUAAGUAAUGGAAAACUGAUAACAUGCCUGAAUGUGUAUUGUGUAUUCAACCUAUAAAUCCAAUGCGAUAACAGCACAUUGCACAUCGUGUUGUAUAAUAUCACUUUUUACACCGUGAUCAAACACACAACUUGGCAAAUCAAACACAAAUUAAUUUUGAACUAAUCAGAAACAUGCAUUUGGGACUUGCACUUGAUUUUUAUAAAGUGAAUCCGAAGAAUUUCUCUGAAUAUUACAACAUUUUUCCUGCAAGUUUUGUGAAAUUUUCAGCAAUGACUUUGUUCAGUCUUUCCCGUGACAAAACGGCUGACGUGUAUGGCUUAUAUAUUUGAGAAUCGAUGUGUAUUUAAGAAUAAAAGAACAAAUAAUAGAGUGAACCCUGUUAUGAAGUAUUGCACCGAUUGUCAAAUCAUACAAUUUAUAAUUAUGAGAGAUAAUUUGAAAUGUUUGUGCUAAAACAUGUUAAUGAUAUAGUUUAAGUGGUAGUUAUUUGGGUUUAAUUAUUGUCAAAAGGUAUAUAUAUUUUUUUAGAAACUGAUGUUAGUAUAUUUUUCACGACUUUAUUUCCAGUACAUUUUCUCCCUCUUAAUAAGAAUGUUGAAAAAUGAAAUUAAAUGAAUUUUGAUAGUUGCAAUUAUAUUGUCGUCCCCCCCCCCCCCCCCAUUCUCCCUUCCCUGACUUGCUUAGUUUAUUUCAAAAUCAUCCGCUUGAUUUCUCAUAAAAUGUAUAAAUAUUUGUAAUGUCUCAUUUAUAUCAUCCCAUUAUCAGGAAAAUAUUGUCAGUUUCAUCUUUGCACAUAAAUUCAUAUUUUUUAAAUCUAACUGUGGGGAAAUAUUGCUACUUAAAGGGAUGGAUCAGCUUUAUCAAAAGUAU